GGUGAAUCCACGCAUCCCUCGAUCUUAUUUUCGUCCCAUCUUCUUAGGAAAGACAACGACACUCAGGGGCAUGCGUCGAUCAUCUCAACAAAAUGGGGCUCACGAACCUCUUCUUCGUCUCAUACCUUCUUCCCAUGAAUCGUAACGAAUAUACCGAAGGUCCUCUCACCCAUCUCUUCUUCCGCGUAGUAACGCUUCUCCUCUAUGUUUUGUAUCUCCAUCUUUUACAGCGCAGGCUCUUUCGAAAUGAGGACCCUGUCGAGGAUCUCGUAUACAUGAUAUUCACUAUAUAUUUCAUGUUUUACUCCAUGGAGUUUGGCUAUGACUUUUGCUGGAAUAUGGAUGAGGCUAUUUUAUCCAUCAUACUUGCAGUGAGAGGCUGGCUCCAAGUGCUCUGAAUUAAGCGAAGGCUUCGCGUAACUUAACUCGUUCAUAUCCAUUGUUUGCCUUCAUCUCAACUAUUGAUAAUAUCUGGGAGUCUUUCAGUUGUUCUAGGUCCACUACCCUUUUUCAGUUAACCUUGCCGCUUUUCGCCUAUAAUUAAUUCACUGGAUGAGCCAUAUUAUUCACCACCUCCGCCACUCUCUUGAGACAGCCCUAGAGGAGUCUACUACAGGCUUAGUCUAGCGAUAAAAUUCUGACAGUAAAUACAACAUCCUGUCAAAGUUGAAGCUGACCGACCGACCACUGAUAGACAUUGAGAAGCUGGGAGAAAUCCAAAGAAGUAUUGGUUAGUGUCUUUUCAGACUCACAGUUGUUCGUGGAUUUUCAAUACUAUUUCUCCUUGGAACUCAACAUAGCUUCACCUUCAAGUUCGGAAUCUGCUUCAUGGUGGCCGACCUCAGCUUCCCUCCGCCCAACACAUCUCUUUCAUCCUCCACCACAACAUCACAACAAAUCUACAUUUCAUUCAACAUACUCUUACACAUGCUUUCAUAGGCUUGGAUACUCUAUCACAACAACAUAUCAAGUUUACAUUGCUCUGAAGGAGCUUCUAAGGUGUUUCGCUCUGCUUGGAUCCUCCAUGACAUACACAUAGCCAACUCGCAUCAUCUACAGUAGACAUCAACGAACACUUGCCUUGAUUUCUUCCAUCUCAUCAUGCCCUCCUUUGGGGCGGAGUUCCUUCAGAAUGCGUUGGCAGAACGGAGAGCCGAACGAGAAGGAUUAUCAGCAAAUGCUCAGAUCCGGGAGCUUGCUAUUCAGUUCAACUCACGACGAAGAGUCGCCACAACCAGCAUUGGCAUGACAAGUACAUGGCUUGAUCAGGAUACAAGUGGAACUUACAAUCCAAGAGGAGGCCGCUUAACACCACCUGCUCCCAAAACUAAGAAGUCCCGAGUUGAGCGAAGUGCCAUCGACGGCGACAAUGCUACACAGCAAGUCAAGAGAAUACCUGUCGGCUACAGUUAUCUAAUGUCAUUCAAAUUUGCUGGGGAUACUGGGAAGGAGUAUUUAAAGGCAAUCACACCAGGCCCAUACGAUCCAAAGCCUGAGUCCGGUGGUGAUGGUGGCGAGUCCUCGGAUCCUUUGGAUGAUAACGACGCUCCCCUUCCACGCCGAAAACUCAAGCGACGCCGUGGACUGGUUAAUGCCCUAAAACAAAGGUAUGUGUAUUCCAUGAAGCUCCCAGUCUUUGCUGACCUUGAAUAGAAGCGAUGGCAGAACAAUCGAGGACUUGACAGAAGGACACCCACAGAUUCGAGGUUGCAAGUCUUGUUUUCUUCGUAGUGACGAUUCCUGCUCUCUCAUCGAUCAUCCACUAGAUUACCCUUGUGCAGCUUGCGAAGAUGCUGGCAGUGAUUGCGAGCUUAUCGUUCCCCCGAAACUUAAAAAGGCUUGUCAGAAUUGCCAACAUGAGAAGAUUAAGUGCUCCUACACUUUGAAUGGGUAAAUGAUAUUCCCUCUUUUUGAGUUCGGUGUCAUGCUAAUAAACUUUAGUGGAAAGGGAGUUACAAAGUGUGACAAUUGCGACGAGGAUGAAGUACCUUGUAUUGCUGGACCAUUGGAUGAGGAUUCGAAAUACGGUCGAAGAUUCGCCAACAUCAAAUCGCCAUCUCCUCCGCCCGACCCAUACCCACGAAUGUAUGUCCCUUGCCAGGAAUGUCGGGGAAACAAGAAAAGGUGCUCAUUGAAGAACAAAACGGACAAGGGGCCAUGCGGUCGCUGCAAGAAACUAGGCAAAGAAUGCGAGUUCAUCGAGUGCCCUCCAGAAAUGAGAUUAAGGGCGGAAAGAGAGGCUGAAGCCAAAAAAGCAGCAGAGAAAGUGCAGAAGAAGAAGGCAAAGCAGGCAGCUAAGGACGCAAAGAGGAAAAGGACCAAGAAAGGGGAUACUGUAGUUGGAAAGCCUUCAAGUAGUAGUAAGUCUCCCCUGCGCAUAUUUCAAUUGAUUUAUCCCUUCCAAAUCGUUUCUGAUAUCUUAAUACAUUUCUUACCAACUCAACAGGCAAUCCAACCUUGCCUCUACCGCAAUCUGUCGGAUCACAAAAGGGCAAGGGUUUGAUGAUUGAGACAUCGGGCAUUGGAAAACGAGCUAGGGAAAAGGUCUUUCGGCUUCCUAUAUCGCCACGUCUCUCAGCUACCACUGACGGCAUUCAUCAUAAAAUCAUAUCUACCUCAUUUGCCCAUCCUAUCAAAUUCAAUCACGAGCCUCCCAAGGAUGGCAGUGACCUAUGUCUAUUCUGCAAGUCUCCCUACUUCGGCCUAUGGGGUUAUGGUGUCAACGAGGUUGAAGUCGUUCCGUACGGAGGUUCUAAGGGUAACAUUGAAGUUUCCGGAGGCCACUUAGCUCAACAAGGUACCAAUUCCAAGAUGUGCUCCUCUUGCACAUAUUACCGAGUCCGAAUCACAACAUGUCUCACCCACAAGAUUGUCCCAAUGGAAAACUACGACCAACGAUCCUUCAGCGCGGAAGAACUCGAGAAAUCCCUCAAAGCCAUGAACGCCGGCAACUCCAAGAAAGAAGGAAGUCUAGCCAUGAACACAAAAUGGUGCUCCAUCUGUACCUCGGUCGCUGAAUACCAAUGCUCCGCACCUCACCGAUUCUCCUCCAAAUCCUUUGCCAAAAAUCCCGCCGCUAAAUUGGCCGACACUACACACCCGGACUUCAUUGGCUGUGGUCUUUAUCUUUGUGGUAAGUGUCAUAAUACAUUGGAUUCCAUUGAGCGAAGCAAGUCGUCGACCGAGCAGCGUAAAAUCGUGGACAUUUUACUCAAGGUGAGAAAGGAUCAGUUGUAUAAGUAUCCUGGGGAUGAGAUUCGGGCGGAUAGCGAGUUUUUGUUGGAGAAGGGCGUUAUGAUGACGACGUUGAUGGCUGUGAAGAAGGAAGCGGUGAAGGGAGGGGUGAAUGAGAUGCCAAAGGAGAAUGCUGGUGGGAUGCAAGCGAAGGCAUCGAGUUUCAUGGGGAAGGAAAUGCCAGAGAAAGCUGGUGGUAUGCGAAUGGAUUUUCCAAAGGCUACAGUGAAGGGCAUGUCAAAGAACACGCCUAUUCAGCGAUGAUCUUUUUCAUUUUUAGUACCUGGGAGGGGAGGAGGAUCGAAGGGUGCAGCAAAGGUGGAAGUGGAGAAAUUGGGAAGGUGGAAAUGGGUUAGGUGGAUGGAUGAUGUGCCUUGGGUUAUGCAACGAAGAUUCUUGGGGGGUCUGUUGGGGGGCAGAGAGAUAUCUGGUGAAAAAUCAUUAUCUUCAUACCUCAUGGUAAUCAAUUUUCGGUUGGCGGCGUUUUCAUGGGGCAAAUUGAGGAUAGUAAACAUGGAGACUGAAGUAGCUAUAAUAUUAGUCAAUCCAAAUGAGCGAAAUG